AUGAGCCUUUUAUCAGUGUUUGUGUUCAUUCUUCCUUUUAUCUGUGAGGUGUUGGGAGCACUGAUCCAAACCACUGUGGGGGCAGAUGUCGAGUUUCCGCUCUCAGAGGAGUGCAGGAAGGGAGAAGGCACACUGUAUCAGCGGCUGGAUGAUGCCAGCACUCAGCUCAUCGCAUCUCUAAGUGGUUACUGGAAGCCAGGGCCAGAUUGCACUGACCGUGUGGUCGUAGGACGCGAUUGUUUAAUCUUAACAAAUGCUAACUUCAAUGACAACGGACAUUAUGAGUUUACCUGCAACAAGAAACACUUGGAAGCUUACAAGCUGGAGGUAUUUGUGCCCUCUGAAGUUGCUGUAUCCGAGGGUGGGGAUGCCAUCCUCCCGUGUCGCUCCGUCACAGCGGGCCAGUCGGUGAAGUCUGCGCGCUGGAGGAGAAACGGGGAAGUACUGCUGGAGCUGAAUGGUCGGACGGGGGAAAUCACAUACGGGAAUCACUUUAACAGAAGCCGGGUAUCGAUACCAUCUGACUGGGACCGACGGGCAGACCUGUCCCUCACCAUAAAGGGAGCUCAGCAACAAGACGGAGGAGUUUAUUACUGUGACAUAGAGAAGGCCGAGAAACACCGCUCUGCUGUGCGCCUGCGAGUGCGCAAACCACCGGAGUCCUACCACUGGAUAUGGAUCACAAUCAUCAUAACAGCAGCUGUGACAUCUGUGAUUGUUUUUACUCUCAAGUUCUUUUGGGGCUGGAGAGAGAAGACCAAGGGUGUACAUGCAUGAAGAGAGCAGAGGAGACAGUGCCCGAAACAGUCCACUAAAUGACCAAUCAUUUAUAAUCAGGAGGAAAGCACAUCUCUAAAAAUUGCCCUGCCAAGUCUUCUGAUGUUAUACUGCCUGUAAAAAUGAAUAGAAAUAGCUUUUUGUAGUGCAUUACUUUUAGUACCAAAGUCCAAACCCUUAUUUCACUGUGUAAUGAAAGUCUUCAUGGCAAAAUAAACAGCAGAUAUCUGCACACUGCUAACUUACAGUGCAAAGAUAAAAGAAUACACACAUACAGAGAUUUCUUUCUGACUUUUGACUUAUUGAUUUAUUUGUGUCUUCUUCUUCUUGGCAGCUCUUCACUUGGUACAGUUGAAGGUCUGUCCUGAGAAAGAAGGUAUAGCUUGGUUAUAGCAACAGCAAAUAAUCAAUUUAUUUGAUUUCUUCAUUGAUCUGUAAGAGGCUGGAGCUUAUGGUUAAUGAAUGCAACAGUCUGGGUCGAGUAGUUGAAUUUAUUAUCAUUGUGUUGAGGACAAAAGAGUCUUCAGGCCUCCAAAAGACCUUUUAAAGGUUCCAGGUGCCACCAAGUGUGACUGAG